AUGAAAUUUUCAAUCAUUUCAUUAUCAAGUAUUAUAUCAAUUAUUACAGCACUUGCAUCACCUGAUGAAAUUAAAAUAAGUAUGCAAUAAAAUGUUUCGGAAGUUAUUAUUCUUACUAACUUUUACAGAGGUUACAAAUUCAGUUGAUUGUGAACGUAAAUCUCGUGCUGGUGAUUUUAUAAGUGUUCAUUAUGAAGGUACAUUUGAAGAUGGUAAAAAAUUUGAUAGUUCAUUUGAUAGAGAUACUCCAUUACCUUUUAAUUUAGGUGGUAAACAAGUUAUUCAAUGUUGGGAUGAAGGUUUAUUAGAUAUGUGUAUUGGAGAAGAAAGAAUUUUAACAUGUCAACCAAGUGUAGCAUAUGGAGAAAAAGGAAUUGGACCUAUUCCUCCAAAUUCAGUAUUAAUUUUUAAAACUAAAUUAAUGGAUAUAGCAGGAGUUGAUAAAGAAGAAGAAGAUGUUGCAAAAGAUGAAUUAUAA